UAAAUGGUCACAUCAAAGUUUCCAAUUUUGUACUCUCUCUUUACCAAGAUUUCACUCUCUCUGUCUACCAUUGUGACUGUAUAGAUAUUCACUGUAAGUAAGCAAGUGUUAAGCUUUGAAUCAGCCAUCUUUUGGACCAGUCCCUCCAAGUAUUCAUUGUCUUCUUCUGGCUGAAUGAAUUUGUUAAAACAUAAUCUGAGAUGCUUGAUCAAUGGGCGGCCAUCUUUUGUACCUCCUACACGAUCAAGGUAGUCCAAAUUGUCAACAUAAAUUGUUCAAUGGCAGAAUGACAAUGCCUGAGUAUUAUUUCAUGACAUGAGGAUCCUUCCAAAAGCUUUGUGUGAUAUUCUGAAGGCCACUAUGCUAACCUUUGCUGUUACCAUUGGAACAAGUCUGAGCACACUCCUGGCAUAAAAGCUAAAGUGUUCUGUAACGAUGGUUUUGCCUUUAAUGGUAAUAUCGUUCAGCUCACCUCCUUUGAUCUGACGCAACAACUUGGUUCAAUAUUUCUUAAAAUUAGUACCUGCUUUAUUUUUCGUAGUAUUCUCUAGUGAAAUAUGCCCCAAAUCAGGAAGCUGAGGAGCUAGCUUGGUUAUUUUCUUCAAUGUUUGUCUUGACUCUUCAGUAUUGAAAAUCAACACAAUACAAUAUGACUUUAUGAAUCCGUUUGUGGAGUUACUAUCCACAGUGUACAACAAGCUCAUGUUCUGCUUCUCUAGUUGAUCAACCUGCUUCUGGAGGGCAUACUCUCUCAACAUUGGGGCCCCUUUUAGCUUUCAUCUUAGGCUGGGGUCUGUCUUUUCCAUUUGAGUGUAAAUAUUAUUUAUUUCUACUUAAAUACCAGUAA